AUGCCCAAAGAUCAAUCGCUCAAACCUGAGCACAGCGCUCAAACUGCAUCAACAGAUGAACCGAUAUCCCAAAAUUCGGCGGCUCCAUACUUGGCAGACAUUCUUCCAUCCGCGGCCAUCACUCCUGAUCCGGCUCCCGCUAGCAGCCAGACAUCCACUCCGUCGGAGGCGGUCAAAGUAUCUCUCUGGGAUCGCGCAUACGACAGCCUCAGGGAGAAAGAAGGACAGCAGGUGGAAGAAUAUGAAGAGUUACUCUCUAGGGAGCUACAAGCAACUACGGGCUCGAAGAAUGGUGAGCAUUUCUAUAAUAAGAUCGAGGGUACUAACCACAAGAUCCGUCUAGCGCAGCUGGAGACAAUCACAAGCAGCGGACUCCGAAAAUUGGAUGAGAAGAAGGCUAGAUACCUGAUAUUCGGCCACGAGUUUAUUCCGCGUGACCAAUUGGCAAAGGCUACCCAGUUCAUACAGAACAUCAAAGCAGUCAUCGACGAGGCCGUUAGGGUAUCGCCCGAAGCCUCCCUAGCAUGGGCUGGCGUCUCAGUCAUCCUCCCCAUUUUCAUGAACCCCAGCGUCGCGGAAGAAGUGAGUCGUGACGGCUGCCUAUACGUCACCUCUCGCAUACUUUUCUACGUCAAAUUGGAGUCUCUAUUAUUUUCGAGUAAUAGUAUACAGGAUUCCGGCCUAAAUGUCGAACUUGAGGGCAGUCUUAUAGAACUCUAUCGACAGAUCAUUGACUUCCAGAUCAGAACUGUGCGGCGCGUCUAUUUAACACGACUUGCAAGAUAUAGAGAGGACACUCUCCGGCAUGAAGACUGGAAGGGCAUGAUGGCUAGGAUCCAAAAGUCGGAAGAGACGUUUCGCGGCGACUUUAAGCUGGUCAACGAUGCGGCCAAGGGCAGAGAGCUGGAGAAGCUCAGUAGUAAUGCAGAAAAAUUCUUUGCAGAUAUCAAUUCUGUGUUGGUCCCUUCGCUGAAGGAUAGCCGCAGAGCAUCUACUUUCGCCUUUCAGAAUGACGGCCCAGGCAGCCAGUUCAAUGUGACGGGAGGGAGGCAGAAUAAUAUGGUAGGCAGUGGCAUACAAUUCUAUGGGGGGAAGUUUGAUGCGCCAGUAAGUUUUAAUGCUGGUUGA